CUCAGCCUCCCAGUGACCAUGAACUUAACCAGUACAACAUUAAUAGUCCAAAACCUCACAAACGGUUGUGAACCGCCUUACGAUGAAGAAAACCCACUUCCACUUGUGGCUCUCUACAGUAUAGUAAUCACAGUAGGUCUGCCUGCUAACCUGAUCACGGUCUUCUUCACACUCAUUGAAGUGUGGCGGAAGAACGUUCUAGGAAUCUACCUCUUCAGCCUGUCAGUAUGUGACCUGAUGUAUCUAGGUACACUUCCGCUCUGGGCCAUUUACAUCAACAGAGGCCAUCACUGGGAAUGGGGCUCUCUGGCCUGUAAGGUCACCGGCUAUGUGUUCUUCAACAACAUGUACAUCAGUAUCUUCUUGAUGUGCUGCAUUUCCAUGGACCGCUUCGUCGGGGUGGUCUACGCCGUGGAGUCUCGAGGUCUGAGAAAGAUGAGGCAUGCCGUGAUCAUCACUGUUGUGAUUGUGGUAGUCGUUGCUGUGGGACACGUGCCCGUUUUCACCAUGACAGAGGGCAACUCGGAGAAAAUGGAGGACAAGCGGUGCUUCGAGCCAAGCAACCCCUCUGAUGUUGUGACGGCACUCAACUAUUCCCGCUUCUUCAUCGGUUUCUUCAUCCCGCUGUGCAUUUUGAUAGUCACCAACUUGGCCAUCCUUGUUAACGUGCAAGCUAGCACGGGCCUGAAGCUACGGACCAAAGUCAAAGUUCGUAACCUGGCCGUGGCUGUCGUCUUGUUCUUUCUGGUCUGCUUCACGCCGUACCAUGUGAUCCUUUUGCUCCGCGCAAUCAAUUAUCACUUUUCGAAGGGGAAAUGUGACUUUGAAAGAAGUGUCUACACACCCUAUACGAUCUCUCUGGGUCUGUCUACCAUCAACAGUGCCAUAAAUCCAGUUUUCUAUGUUCUUACCAGCGACAGUGUUCUUAAGAGGAUCCACAAAGGCCUGCAAGGGUUACGAAGCAGCUCAAGAUCUUCUUCUUUAGUGUGAUUUUCUUUUUUUCUUUUUUUCAACUGGGACUUUAUUUUCCUGAAGCCUGUAUAACAUUUAAAGAAUGAAUAGAAGUUAGAAUUUGGUUACACGUUAUUUUGAGGUGACGUAGGUGAACCUGUCAUAAACAAAGAGACCUUUCUUAA